UAUCGGCUUUUGGAAAAAAACAACAUAUUUUAAAAAGCAAAAAAUUAAAUAAGAAAAGUUAAAUGUCCCGUGCAUUUCGUUGUGCAGCUGUAUUCGGCAAAACUCGCCAAUUGUCUAGAAUUCAGGGCGCGAUAUGGCGUAUAAAUAAUGCGGCAACCACCUCGGCGAUUCUUCACGUGCCGUCAUAUUCCUCCACCGUGUCUCUAGCGAGACGCCGCUACGCUACAGAGCCGAAGCAGGCGCCAGGUGUGGGGACUGUGGACAAACAUGAGUUCCAGGCCGAAACAAGGCAGCUAUUGGACAUUGUGGCGCGUUCGCUGUACUCGGAUCAUGAGGUGUUUGUCCGGGAGCUGAUCUCAAACGCCAGCGAUGCACUGGAAAAGUUUCGAUAUACGUUGCUCAGCGACACAGAAAAGGCACUGGCGGCUAAGGACCGAGCUCUGGAAAUAAGGAUCACAACUGACAAGCCGCAGAUGCAACUGAUCAUACAGGAUACUGGCAUAGGCAUGACACGCGAAGAGCUUGUCAGCAAUCUGGGCACCAUAGCGCGCAGCGGAUCCAAGCAAUUUCUGGAACAGAUGAAGAGCGAAAACAAGGCUGGAGAGGCUACAUCAAACAUCAUUGGCCAGUUCGGUGUUGGAUUUUACUCCGCUUUCAUUGUGGCCCAACGCGUGGAAGUGUUUACACGAGCAGCCACUCCAGACGCGCCCGGGCUGCGCUGGUCGACCGACGGCAGUGGCAGCUACGAAAUCACAGAGGUCAAGGAUGUAGAUUAUGGCACCAAAAUUGUACUUCACCUGAAGACCGACUGUCGUGAAUACGCAGAUGAGGAUCGCAUCAAGGCUGUGAUCAAGAAGUACAGUAACUUCGUUGGUUCGCCAAUUCUGCUGAAUGGAAAACAGGCGAAUGAGAUCAAGCCGCUGUGGCUGUUAGAACCACAGAGCAUCAGUAAAGAACAGCAUAUUGAAUUCUACCGCUUCGUCAGCAACAGCUUUGACAGUCCCCGCUUCACGUUGCACUACAAUGCAGACGUUCCCAUAAGCAUUCACGCCCUGCUAUACUUUCCCGAGGGUAAGCCGGGAUUGUUUGAGAUGUCCAGGGAGGGCAGCACAGGUGUUGCGCUCUAUACACGCAAAGUUCUCAUCCAGUCGAAAACUGAAAACCUCUUGCCGAAAUGGCUACGCUUCGUUAAGGGUGUGGUGGACUCUGAGGACAUUCCACUGAAUCUGAGUCGUGAGUUGUUACAGAACAGCAGCCUCAUCCGUAAGCUAUCGAAUGUUAUAUCCACUCGCGUCAUCCGAUUCCUACAGGAACGCGCAAAAAAGCAGCCAGAAGAGUAUGAAGCCUUUUACCGUGACUAUGGUCUCUUUCUGAAGGAGGGCAUUGUCAUGUCCAAUGACCCUGCUGAGAAGGAGGAUAUAGCCAAGCUGUUGCGCUUCGACUCGUCCAAGUCAUCGGAUGGACAGCGCAUAUCCCUUGAUGAGUACUACACUUCGGUCAGCGCGGAGCAGGGUGACAUUUACUAUCUAGCUGCGCCGAAUCGGGUGUUAGCGGAAGCAUCGCCCUAUUAUGAGAGCCUUAAGAAACGCAACGCUCUGGUGCUAUUCUGCUACGAACCGUACGAUGAAUUGGUUCUCAUGCAGCUUGGCCAGUUUAAGAACAAGAAACUGGUCUCUGUGGAGAAGGAGAUGCGCAAAGAAUCCCAGGAUGCGUCUAACUUGGCCGACCUGGGAGAGGGCAGCAUGUUAAGGUCCGAGCUGGACAUCCUGAUUCCUUGGCUGCAGGAGCAACUAAAGGGAAAAGUUGCCAAAGUAAAGGCGACGACACGUUUGGACACUCAUCCGUGUGUCAUUACCGUAGAGGAAAUGGCGGCGGCCCGCCAUUUUAUUCGCACGCAAAGUCAGCAUCUGCCCGAAGAGAAUCGCUUUGCACUAUUGCAGCCAGAGCUGGAGAUCAAUCCAAAACACACAAUUAUUAAGAAGCUCCACUCUUUAAGAGAGUCCAAUCCGGAAUUGGCAGAGCUGAUAUGCAAACAAUUGUUUGCCAAUGCCAUGGUCGGAGCUGGUCUAGCGGAAGAUCCCCGCAUGUUGCUGACUAACAUGAACAACUUGUUGACAAAAGCUUUAGAAAAAUACUAAGUUAGGUCCCUAAAUUUCCAUUUAAAAAAAGUCACAUAACUUUUUAAUAAAUAUGUUUAGUUUGUUAUAUAUUUAAA